AUGAUUACCCGAAGUCAGACAGGUUCCCUAAAACCAAAAACAUUCUCUGCUGUGUCUACCAUACCUCACAUCCCAUCAUCCUACAAUAAAGUUGUGCAAGACAAAAAUUGGCGAGUCGCCAUGAAUCAAGAAGUAAAUGCAUUAAUCCAAACCGAUACAUGGGAGCUUGUUCCUCGGUCCAGUGCUGAUAAUAUCAUUGCAUUCAAAUGGAUAUUUCGCAUUAAACAGAAGCAAGAUGGCAGUAUUGAUUGCUAUAAAGCCCGCUUGGUGGCUAAAGGUUUUCAUCAACGGCCUGGGCUCGACUUCUUUGAAACAUUUUCUCCAAGAGUCAAGCCUAUGACCAUAAGAAUUAUUUUAUCAAUCGCAGUGUUUCAUGGAUGGGAACUUCAUCAACUUGAUGUCUCCAAUGCCUUCUUACAUGGAGACUUGGAUGAAAAUGUCUUCAUGGAGUAA